CUGAAUUCGCGGCUGCCUUUCAGCACUCCUUUCAGCACCCUUUUCCUGCUGCUGCACCAUACCAGGUGGCUGCGAUGUACAGCGCUCCUUACAGUCUCGCUAUACAGUAUCAACCCUCACCUUUUCAGCAGCAGCAGCAGCAGCAGCAGCUUCAGAUGCAGCAGCAGCAGCUUCGGAUGCAGCAGCAGCAGCCGCAGGGAGUUGCUCCUACUGAAUACUUCCAGCAGUCACAAGAGCCAGUACAGUCACAGCCAGCACCGAUAUACUCACAUCCGUUUGUGCAUACUAAUCCCUACUUACAUGUACAGCCACAGGCACCUACACUCGCACACAUGGAGCCAUAUCACGGCUUCAGGGCUCCUUAUAUGGGGUAUGGAAUGGGGGAGGAUCUGGUGCCUCCUCCCCCUCCCACGCCCCCCACUCCCAUGGCUACAGCAGAUGACAGGGUCUCUCGAGUGGUCAUGCUCUCUCUGUUGCCAUCACCUGAGCAACUACCUGACUCCGUUCUGGCGCAAGAGAUAGAGAAGACAUGGGGCCCUCUGAGGUACCUCGACCUAUCCC